AUGAUAAAGAACUGGAAGCUUGACGAUACAAAUUUAAAAAUUGGUAAAAAUGAUGGACAAGUGUGUGUGGAAUUGAACACUUUCGAUGCUGAUUUUGACCAAGUGAUGCGCAAAUUUAGGAUGGGUAAUUUUCAGUGUACUUAUUUUGUACUCUGCGAUAAGAAGCUAAGUAAAUAA